AUGUUGUCCUGCGCUCUUUGCGGCAGAUGGCUCAAGAAGUCCGACAAGCCCACAUGGAUGAGGGAAUACAGGGCUAUCUAUGUGUCGGGUGUCAACCUUUGCGAAGCCAAGCUUUCCGGCGUUGGCAGGUUCGGGGGCUCUGGUAGAAAAUACUUACCGGCAGAAUCCCAUAGGCGCUACGACGAUGCGGACUUCAACGAGAAUGGCGACUCACCUCUUCGGGUCUGGGGGUUCGUCUUCCAUGCGGCUUGCUGGGAGAUCAUCACGAUCCUCUUCCAGCCUGAUGUUCAACUCAUCUUUUCGCUGUGCUUCUCCAUGCCGAUCCACGGCGAAGCGAUCCUUGACUGGGGCCAUGACUAUGGAGGAAUCGUUGUCGGAAUACCUGACGACGAGAACCCUCCCAUGCUGACCUACAUAGCACGCCCCUCUAUUCCAGGUUACGGCAGGGAUCCCUACACGAUGUAUCCCAUCCAGAGACUGUUCAAUUCGGCCAACAUUCCGAACCACAUGCUCAUCGACAUCCCGGCCCGGGGCAGUCCAAUCAACCCGGAUGGAGAUGUGUUUCGCCGUCUACCAAAUGAGCUCCUGCAAGCUAUCCUCGUCGAGCUUCCUCGUGAAUAUGUCGGAAGCCUACGGCAAGCGUCCCCCAUCUUUGCCAGCUUACAUCUGUCAGAAUCCUUUUGGGCCUCUAGGUUCUGGCGAGGACACGAGUUCCACCACAUCUUCGAAACCUUGCGAUCCCGCCCCGACUCCUGGGAGAAGCUCUACCUGGCACUGCGAUAUAUGGAGCCGCGCCUGGCCGACCGGAAGCGCAUUUGGAGUCUGGCUUUGGAGCUGGAGAGUCUGCAGAACCAGGUGUCUGGCACAGUCUGUAAAGGGGCUCGUCUUCUGACAGCUUUCGACACAUCGAAAAAUGGCCGGAUAAAGAAGAAUGAGCAUACACGCGAUUGGAGAAAACUCGAUUGGAACACUGCUGGUAUCAACCUCUGCACAGAGUAUGAGCUAUUCUAUGUGGGAUGCAGGCCUUGGUUUGCUCGGAUUCUUCGUUUCCGAUCACGUCUCCACGUUAGCCACCUCUGGGUGUCGUUUGUCCGCAUGAGCGGCCGUUCCUUUGUCUCAGGCUUCCGGUUCGUCAAGCCAAAUGGGAAAAUCAACAGUCUGGGCUACAUCCACCCCGACCAAGAGGUCAAGAUUUGCUUUUCGAAUGGUCGACAUGAAUCCCCAUACACCAUCUCGGGGUGGCAGUUGGCCGCGGAAAGACAAGGAUUCAGAGCCGUUGCUGUGCUGACUGCCGACGGUGCCAUGUCCUGCUGGGCAGGUGAGCCGGACGACGUCCCCAGAUGGCGCUUGAGAGGACUAGGAAAACGGAUAUCAGCCGUCAAGGCGGAAUUUGAUGCACUCAAGCUCGUCUCUCUGAGCAGAAACAUCCCGGGGAGUGAGAGCAUCGUUGACGGACGUUUUAAUCCCGAGGAAUAUGCCUGGAAGCCCGACAUACCACCCGACCAUAUUUUUCUCAGCCACCCGGAUGAUCCUGUCAGCAAUGGCGUAAUACCAUAUCCCUUGGAAGCCAUUAUGUUUGGUGGCCCACGCGGAGAACUCCUCUCCCAGCUGACCGAGAUUGCCAUCCAUAAGAGCAGUCGAUGCAUGUACCGCAUCGAGUUUCUAUACACGGACCCGUCAAAGAACAUGUUCAUUGGGGAUGCGGAUUACGAGUUUCACACGUAUGACACUCCCAAGCGCUCAAUAAUGAUCGAUGUGCCUGGCGGAGAGAGGAUAGUGGACGCGAAGAUGAGAAAUGAAGGCCAGCGGGACGAUGCCCUACUGCUUCAAACAAACCGCGGACGGGAGUUCCUGUUGGGCGACCCGAGCUGUCGGCCAUUUGAGCGGUGGGAUUCACUUGCUCCUGGUUCCCUCGUCAUCGGCCUUUUCCACAUAGACACAACGCCUAUUGUUCGUAUAGGAGUCAUGUCCAUCAACCCCGAAACCAACGGCAACCAGAGUGAAGCCAAGGAAGCCCAUGAAGGGGACUGA